UACGUCAUCAGCAUUCAUCCUCGUCCCACGCGUCAUCGGCCAUUGGACAGUCCCGCAUCAAAGGCAACCAAGAAAACGGAAAGUUCAAGUUUAAGUAGCGUCUAUGUAUACAUAUAUAAAUAGUAAAUCAAAGAAUACACGGAACAACAUUAGAAACCUAAUCACCACCUAGGCAUCUUCUUCCGCCUCCCCAGCCUCCACUAACUCAACCGAACGUUUGAUCCAUACAAAAUGGGCGCCGCCUCGGCUAUACUCAUCGUCCUCAUAACUCUCCUCUUCCCACCGAUCGGUGUCUGGGCCGUUGCCGGGUGCGGCGCUGAUCUUUGCAUCAACAUAUGCCUCACCAUCCUCGGAUACAUACCAGGCCAUAUCCACGCCUUUUAUAUCGAAUACGUCUACUAUGACCGUCGAGAACAGGCCAGAGAGGGCCGCUUUGCCGCCCGCCGAGCCCCCGGCGUCUAUAGUGAUCGCGUGCAAACUGGUGGCCGCGGAUAUGGUACGAUAGCUCAACCAGUUCAGCCAGCUCCACCCGCUUACUAAGCGGUGGGCGGUCGGUAUAAGAAUGCGGUGGAGGAGUAUUGGAGGUGUACUAAAAGGUAUGGAGGAUUGACCUGGGAGACUGGGCUUUGUAAGGCGCUGGGAGAUUGUUUUGGUGGAUUCUUCGGAGCCAAGUUGCCAAGUUGCUCAUACAUAUAUGCGUACCCAGGCAGCCAGGUAGCUGCGGUAAAAGAAUCGGAAUAGUAGUUUCUUAUUGUGGCUCUUAUUCCUGGCCUUGUUCUUGUUCUAUUUACAUGCAUAUCAAGAAUCAGCCAGUUUCACUUUCAUUUACGAGCACUGCACUUGGAAUAAUGAGGUGUGUACGUAUUUAAACAGAUUUAUUCAGAUACAACAUGGAUAUGGUAAUACCAACGGACCAGACGUUAUGUAAGAUAACCCCACCUUACCUUUAAGGGCAUGGUCGAUAUGUCGGUACAGCUAUAGAUACCUAGGUACAUAAG